UGCAAUGAGUUUCCCCGUAUAUUUUAUGUGUGCGGCUUCAGACUUAAAUUCUUUGCUUAUAAGCAUAUACCUAAUUAGUAUUUUUGGGCGUAUGAAGCUAUUGAAGAAAACGUUGGAGAACAAUCUCGUCCCUGUCAAUAUUGUUGGCAAAGAGCAGCUCGACAAAAAUGUGAAUAUUGUUAGAAAAUGCGUCGGUUACUAUACUAAUAUGAUAGACGCUUGGAACAUUAUUGAUAACGACAUGCAGAUUAUGAAGCUAAAAUCUCAAUUAGAUCCGUCUCUCUCGUCUGAGCUGGAGGUUGUUCUGCAUUGCAUCCACAUUCGGCCGUUCAAGUUCCUGAUCUGCAGAGCCGUGCCCGUCGAUAUCAACAUGCCAAUUACUAUAAUCAGUUUCUGCAUCACCUACGUCAUUGUUAUCAUGCAGUUUAUUCACUUUAGCAACUUGUAAACGGAUAUUAACUCUUUUAUUGUCAUAAUCUGCAUUUCAGUCUUUUUCUACUAAGCACGUUACUUCAUGUAGUCAGUCAUUCAGUCUUUGUUCACGAAGC